GGUCGCGAUAACGUUCAGACACAGUAAUCACAAAAAAACAAAUUUGUUUUUUAUUUUUUACAAAAAAAUAACGGGCAGUUCCAAUAAAAAAAAUUUUCUGCCAUUCUUUGAUUAUAAUUAAUUUUUUUUUUAUUAAUUUGUAAUGAUUAAUUAUAAAUUAAUAAUUUUUAUUUACUUACAAGUGUUAACUAAUUUUGUCGUAACAUAUAGAAUUAGUAAACGUCAUGCUGACGAUAAUUAUAAUUUGGAGCGGCAAUUUGAAAUCUUACAAGAUUAUAAAUUAGAACGUUACGUUUUUCCGGAAGUAAUACCGAAUUCUGACAGCGAAAUAAAUAAUUAUGAUGAAUUAAAUUCGACUAUAGUUUACCGACUUCGAAAAGAAAAAAAAUAUAUUUUAGAUAAUAAUAAUGAUGAUGAUAAUUAUAUCAAAGGUAUAAUUUUACUACGUCAAGGUUUUGAGUGUCAUUUGAAUAAUUGUUGUGUUAACAAAUUGCAGAUGGCCGUUGCGUAUUUACUUGUCGAUCAAGGUUAUGAUAUAUGGCUGGGUAUUGACAAUAAAAGUGAUAAAAAUUUAACGAUAGAUGAAUUAAUAGAAAAUGAAAAUACAGAUAAAAUAGCCCAAUAUAUAUUAUUAUCGACUGGUCAAUCAGAAUUGAUUGUAAUGGACAAUAAUAAUAAAUCCAAUAAUAUUUAUGAAAUUUCUUCUAACAUUAUUGAUGUGGAUAAUGACUCAAGAAUAUCCAAAUGGUGGAAUGGAGUAAAAAGUUGGGUCGUAGGUGUUUAUCGCACUGGAAAAAAUUAUGUAACAAGUAGUUACGAAGCGAGGAUUAAUGAUAUGAAUGCAAUCGGUCAGAAAGUCGAUCAUAUAUUGGAAAAUAAAGCAAUCGAUGGUGUAAAGGAAAAAAUAUUAAAUGCCUACGGAAUAUUUACUUCGAUGUUACCAACACUGAAAAUUGAUAUUUUUUCGAAAUUAACUAACGAUCCGGAUACUGAUUUGAGUACGGCACAAUUGAUUAAAAAAUAUGGCUACGAUUGCGAGACCCAUUUAAUUAUAACAAAAGACGGCUAUAUAUUAACAUUGCACCGGAUAAGUGGAGGUAAAAAAUACCCACCGAAGGCUGGCAAACCGGUGGUCUAUCUUCAGCAUGGACUCUUAUCUGAUUCUGCUAGUUGGAUCCUUACUGGACCUUCACAUGGCUUAGGUUACGUACUAGCUGAUGAAAAUUACGAUGUGUGGAUGGGUAAUUCCCGUGGCACGACACAUUCACGCGCACACGUUAAUUUAACAACUGACGAUCCACUAUUUUGGAACUUUUCUUUCAAUGAAAUCGGACUUUAUGAUUUGCCAGCAAUAAUUGACUAUACAUUAAACAUAACUGGUGAGAAAAAAAUUGAUUACAUCGGACACUCACAGGGCACUAGCGUAUUAUUUGUUUUAUUGUCCGAACGCCCUGAAUAUAAUGAGAAAAUACGUAAAUUUGUUGCUUAUGCCCCUAUUGCUUUCGUCGGAGACGUACAGAGCCCCAUUAUAACGGCCCUUGUUCCAGCGGAAAAAAGAACUGCGAAAUUAAUUAACUAUUUUCAAAUAAACGAAUUACUGUCUGCCAACUCUCUGCUAACGAAAUUUGUCCGCGGACUCUGCGUAGCCAGGACUUUUUAUCGUAUUAUUUGCACCAAUGCCUUCUUUUUAUUGAACGGAUACGACUUAGACCAAAUUAAUAAAACUAAGAUACCAGUUCUUUUGGCGCAUUUACCAGCAGGUGGUUCAACCAAACAAAUAAUUCAUUACGCCCAGGAAAUAAAUUCUAAAAAAUUCAGAAAAUUUGAUUACAAUCCUGAAGAAAAUAUAAAACUAUACGGGCAACUAGAGCCACCAGAGUACAAACUAGACAACACAAGAAUCCCCGUUGCAUUAAUGUACGGCCCAAAUGAUCUACUCUCUGUUCCAACGGACGUGAUUCGAUUGUCCCAUGAACUAAAAAAUUUACAGCUAAAUUACUCAGUCCCUUACGCGCAAUUCAAUCAUCUAGAUUUUACAUUCGCUAUGAAUGCUCCCGAAUUAGUAUAUCGUCCCACUUUGGAUUUUUUAAAAUCCGAUUAAAUUAAU